AUGCCGGCGGCAGCAGACGAAGGCGCACAGGGCGGGAACUUACCCGGCGCGCAUUUUGCGCCGGAGGCCGCCGCAGAGGCGGACGGCAGGGCGGCGGCGAGCGGAAAUGGCGGAGCGAAGGAGGGGUUGCGGGUUGUGCUGGUAUCGCUGGAGUACCGCGCGGGCACGUUCAGCGGCAACGGCGUCUACUCGCAGUCGCUCGUGCGCUCGCUCGUCGCUCACGGCCACUCCGUGAUGGUCGUCAGUCGUGCUGCCUUCGCUGGCCUGCCACCUGCUCUUCCCUUCUUUGACGAGCCUUUCCCCUUCUGCCCCAACAAUGCUCCCCUCUCCCCCCGCCGCACCUCCCCUCCCUCCCCCUUCCCCUGCAGUGCAGCUCCCCCUCCUCGCACCACCGCACUCCCUCAGCCCAAUCCAUCCGCCUCUCCUCCUGAGCCCUCGGCGCCCAUCGUCAUAAGGCUGCGCCAGCAGCGCCCUACAGGCUCUCUCCACUCCGCAGGCCAGCUUUGCGCCGUGGCUCAGCAGGCAGGUGGCAACCAGAACGCAGCAGCGGCGGGCGCACCCUGUGAGCGCGGCGGCAGCAGCGUGGGGGGCCAGAGGAACGGGGCAGAGGAGGAGGAGAAGUCCGUGGAGGCGGAGCGGUGCGGAGUGGUGGAGGUGGGGGAGGCGGGGCAGGUGGAGCAGUGUGUGGUGGAGGUGCCAGUGAGCGCGUGGGGGCGGCUGGACUGGCGCUGCUGCUGGCAGCAGUGGGCGCACCGGCUGGCGGGCGAAGAGGGGUCAGGGGGGACGGAGGUGGCGCGCAGAGUGGCGCAGUUUGCCCCACAGUGGGCGCUGGUGGUGGACUGGUCCGCCGUGCCCGCCUUCACCGCCCUUGCUGCUGCACCCGUGUGGGCUGACACUGUUGCUGCGCAUGGCGGUGAGGGUGGUGGUGAGGGUCGCAUUGCGGGUAGCAGUGUGGUGGAUGGCGUUGGUGAGAGUGGGAGGUCAGGAGGACAGGCAGCAGAGCAGCGGGCUCAGCAAGCACCCAGGCGGCCACGCAUGGUGUAUCUCAACUUGCGCGUGUACUCGCUCUCACACUACCAGCCGUCUGCCGCCACCACGUCUGGCCCUGCUGCAGCCGACAGUGCCGGGGAGAAGGGUGAGCGGGGGGCGGAGGUGGAGACGGAGGCGGGCAGGGAGCGGGCGUUUUACCGGGAGAAGGAGAGCGAGGCAGUUGCCAUGGCGGAUGUCGUCACGGCCCUCAGCACACGGGACGCACGGUACCUGGCAGAGAGCCUGGGCACGGGGCGCAAGGCAGGGGUGGAGCCACACGCGCUGCUGCCGCCCCUCCGAGAAGACAUCCGCGUGCUGGCAGCGGGGCGAGAGAUGAGCGCGGCCUCAUGGCCAUCGGAGCGACUGUACCUGGUGUGCUGUGUGCGCCUCUCCCCCGAGAAGAACGCCGCCUUGCUGCCUCCCCUGCUGCGCCUGCUGGCGCCGCACCUGGCAGCUCUGGGCGUCACGCCCCUGCUGUGCGGCGGCACUGCCGCCACACGCGGUGCCUUCGGGGAGGCCGUGCUGCACGAGGUGGUGGCGGCUGCACCGGGUGCCGUGGUGGUGGAUGGCUUCAUGGGGCCUGAAAGGAUGGCGCAGCUUUACUUGCAGACGCUGCUCAACAUCCACCCCUGUCUGUACGACGCAUACGGCAUGACAGUCGUUGAGGCGGCAGCCUUCUCUGCACCCUCCGUCAUCCACGUCGGCCCGGGCGGCGCCGUGGGAGCAGCCGAGCUCCUGUCGCCCGAAGAGCAGCUGGCACUGCCGGUGGACCUCUCUGCCGCCCUGCCAGUUGUUGCUGAGAGCAUUCUGGCGCUGUUGCGGGACAGGCAGCAUCUGGCGCAGGUGGGGCUGGCGGCGAGACGGCGUAGUUUGGAGUGGAGUGAGGAGGCCAGUGCGCGUGCCCUCACUGCCAUGCUGCAGAGGGCGUCGGUCUAG